UGAACUUGUGGAUGCCCCGCACAAAGGUAUUCUCGCAAUAAUGGACGAAGCAUGUUUAAAUGUUGGUAAAGUAACUGACGAAAUGCUGUUAGAAGCCAUGGAUAAGAAACUUAAGGAUCAUAAACAUUAUUCGUCGAGGCAAACAAAGCCUGCAGAGAAAACAUUAAAACACAAGGUUCACUUUAAAAUAACACAUUAUGCUGGCGAUGUUACUUAUUCCAUAAACGGAUUUUUGGACAAGAACAAGGAUCCUCUCUUCCAAGACUUCAAACGUUUGUUGUACCAUUCUAAAGAUCCCAAUUUGAAGAGCAUGUGGCCCGAAGGGGCCCAGCAUAUCUCCGAGGUAAAUAAUCCCUGUACUAAAUACAUAAAUACAUUUUGUAUAUUUAUUUUAUUAUUGCAGUUAUGA